AGAAAUGGCACAGAAAGGAGUUCAGCUGGACCGAGAAACCUUCUCUUGUUCGAUCUGUUUGGAUCUACUGAAGGAUCCAGUGACUAUUCCCUGUGGACACAGCUACUGCAUGAACUGUAUUAAAAGCUUCUGGGAUGAAGAAGACGAGAAAAAAAUCCACAGCUGCCCUCAGUGCAGACAUAUUUUCACACCAAGGCCUGUCCUGAUGAAAAACACCAUGUUAGCAGUUUUAGUGGAGCAGCUGAAGAAGACUGGACUCCAAGCUGCUCCUGCUGAUCACUGCUAUGCUGGACCUGAAGAUGUGGCCUGUGAUUUCUGCACUGGAAGAAAAAUAAAAUCCUUCAAGUCCUGUUUAGUCUGUCUGGCAUCAUACUGUGAGAAACACCUUCAGCCUCAUUAUGAUUCACCUACAUUCAAGAAACACAAGCUGGUGGAGCCCUCCAAGAAGCUCCAGGAGAACAUCUGCUCUCGUCAUGAUGAGGUGAUGAAGAUGUUCUGCCGUACUGAUCAGCAGAUUAUCUGUUAUCUCUGCCCUGUGGAUGAACAUAAAGGCCACGACACAGUCUCAGCUGCAGCAGAAAUGACUGAGAGGCAGAGAGAGCUGGAGGUGAGUCGACAAAACAUCCAGCAGAGAAUCCAGGACAGAGAGAAAGAUGUGAAGCUGCUUCAACAGGAGGUGGAGGCCAUCAAUCAGUCUGCUGAUCAAACAGUGGAGCACAGUGAGAAGAUCUUCACUGAGCUGAUCCAUCUCAUCCAGAAAAGAAGCUCUGAUGUGAAGCAGCAGAUCAGAUCCCAGCAGGAAACUGAAGUGAGUCGAGUCAAAGAGCUUGAGGAGAAGCUGGAGCAGGAGAUCACUGAGCUGAAGAGGAAAGAUGCUGAGCUGAAGCAGCUCUCACACACAGAGGAUCACAUCCAGUUUCUACACAACUACCCCUCACUGUCAGCACUCAGUGAGUCUACAGACUCAUCCAGCAUCAAUAUCCGUCCUCUGAGCUACUUUGAGGAUGUGACAGCAGCUGUGUCAGAGGUCAGAGAUAAACUACAGGACAUUCUGAUAGAUGAACAGACAAACAUCUCACUGACAGUCACUGAAGUGGAUGUUUUACUAUCACGACCAGAGCCAAAGACCAGAGCUGAAUUCUUAAAAUAUUCAUGUGAAAUCACACUGGAUCCAAACACAGCACAAAAACGGCUGUUAUUAUCAGAGGAGAACAGAAAAGUAACAAACAUGGAUCAACAACAGUCUUAUUCUGAUCAUCCAGACAGAUUUACUUUUUGGUGUCAGGUCCUGAGCAGAGAGAGUCUGACUAGACGUUGUUACUGGGAGGUGGAGUGGAGAGGGGGAAGAGGUCAUGUAGCAGUUGCGUACAAGAAUAUCAGCAGAGAAGGGAGAGGGAAAGAAAGUAACUUUGGACGUAAUGACAAAUCUUGGGCAUUAGAUCGUAACAACAGUUAUAAAUUUUGGCACAACAACAUUCAAACUCCUUUCUCAGGUCCUCAGUCCUCCAGAGUAGGAGUGUACCUGGAUCACAGAGCAGGUAUUUUGUCCUUCUACAGCGUCUCUGAAACCAUGACUCUCCUCCACAGAGUCCAGACCACAUUCACUCAGCCGCUCUAUGCUGGACUUUGGCUUGGAGAGACUGCUGAGUUCAUGAAACUGAAAGCGCUCAACUCCCGUGUCCACAACACUCUGGGAAAACAACAAGCAACUGUUAGAAAAAAAAUGACACAGAAAGGAGUUCAGCUGGACCGAGAAAGCUUCACUUGUUCGAUCUGUUUGGAUCUACUGAAGGAUCCGGUGACUAUUCCCUGUGGACACAGCUACUGCAUGAACUGUAUUAAUGGCUUUUGGGAUGAAGAAGAGGAGAAGAAAAUCUACAGCUGCCCUCAGUGCAGACAGACUUUCACACCGAGGCCUGUCCUGGUGAAAAACACCAUGUUAGCAGAUUUAGUGGAGGAGCUGAAGAAGACUGGACUCCAAGCUGCUCCUGCUGAUCACUGCUAUGCUGGACCUGAAGAUGUGGCCUGUGAUGUUUGUACUGGAAGAAAAAUGAAAGCCUUCAAGUCCUGUUUAGUCUGUUUGGCAUCAUACUGUGAGAAACACCUUCAGCCUCAUUAUGAUUCACUUACAUUUAAGAAACACAAGCUGGUGGAGCCCUGCAAGAAGCUCCAGGAGAACAUCUGCUCUCAUCAUGAUGAGGUGAUGAAGAUGUUCUGCCGUACUGAUCAGCAGAGUAUCUGUUAUCUCUGCCCUGUGGAUGAACAUAAAGGCCACGACACAGUCUCAGCUGCAGCAGAAAGGACUGAGAGGCAGAGAGAGCUGGAGGUGAGUCGACAAAACAUCCAGCAGAGAAUCCAGGACAGAGAGAAAGAUGUGAAGCUGCUUCAACAGGAGGUGGAGGCCAUCAAUCAGUCUGCUGAUCAAACAGUGGAGCACAGUGAGAAGAUCUUCACUGAGCUGAUCCAUCUCAUCCAGAAAAGAAGCUCUGAUGUGAAGCAGCAGAUCAGAUCCCAGCAGGAAACUGAAGUGAGUCGAGUCAAAGAGCUUGAGGAGAAGCUGGAGCAGGAGAUCACUGAGCUGAAGAGGAAAGAUGCUGAGCUGAAGCAGCUCUCACACACAGAGGAUCACAUCCAGUUUCUACACAACUACCCCUCACUGUCAGCACUCAGUGAGUCUACAGACUCAUCCAGCAUCAAUAUCCGUCCUCUGAGCUACUUUGAGGAUGUGACAGCAGCUGUGUCAGAGGUCAGAGAUAAACUACAGGACAUUCUGAGAGAGGAAUGGACAAACAUCUCAGUCACUGAAGUGGAUGUUUUACUGUCACAACCAGAGGCAAAAACCAGAGCUGAAUUCUUAAAAUAUUCAUGUGAAAUCACACUGGAUCCAAAUACGGUACACAGAAAUCUGGUAUUAUCAGAAAGGCACAGAAAAUCAACGUUUGUUUUUCAAGAUCAGUCUUAUUCUGAUCAUCCAGACAGAUUCACUGGAUACGAACAGGUCCUGAGUAGAGAGAGUCUAACUGGACGUUGUUACUGGGAGGUGGAGUGGAGAGGCAUAGGAGUGUAUAUAGCAGUUGCAUACAAGAAUAUCAGGAGAGCAGGGAGUGGGACAGAAUGUAAUUUUGGACGUAAUGACAAAUCUUGGGCAUUAAAUUGCAAGAACAACAGUUACACAUUUUGGUACAACAACAUCCAAACUCCUGUCUCAGGUCCUCGUUCCUCCAGAGUAGGAGUGUACCUGGAUCACAGAGCAGGUAUUUUGUCCUUCUAUGAUGUCUCUGAAACCAUGACUCUCCUCCACAGAGUCCAGACCACAUUCACUCAGCCGCUCUAUGCUGGACUUUGGCUUUACACAGAUGACUGGUUGAUUUUUAAAACAAUUGCUGAAUUCGUUAAACUAAAAUAG